AUGGCGGCGGACUACCAACAGGGAGAAAGCUAGUAAACGCGAGUCUGUGGCAGCGAGCCUCGGGCCCGACGAGUAUUAUUUAUCUCUUAGAGUUUAGUAUUUCUCUCGGAUAUUUCGUAUGAAGAAGUUUUCCUUUUGUUUUAGCCACAGGGACAGCGGCGAUGGAAGACGAGGAGAGGCAAAAGAAGCUCGAGGCCGGCAAAGCAAAGCUGGCUGAGUACCGGCAAAGGAAAGCUUACACAGACUCCCAGAAGAAACAGAAAAAGAAGAAGAAAAAGAAGCCAGCUGAUGAGUCGGAGGGUGAUUCACAAGAAAGAGUGGAGGUCGGGCAGGAUCAGUCUGUGGGAGGAGAGGAUGUCUCAGGUGGAGGACAAGAUGAAUCAGAGGGACGAAAUAGAGACCAACCAACAACAGAGUUUACCUUCACCAAGACGCUGAGGAGUGGAGAGACUGUGAAGCAUGAGCAGACCUAUAAGAUUGAGCCAGAGAGUGAAAUUUCUACCACUGCUGAAGAUUAUUCCUCCGAGGUAAAUGGGUGCCAUGAUGAGAUGACAGAGAACCUAAUGAUGUCUUCAAAGGAUUUUAUCUGGGAGGAGGAGGAGCCCCUGCAACAGGUGACCAAGGGAAAUCCAAUACAUGAUAUGGAGGAUGCACUAGCUACUAAGACCCAAGCAGAGGAGCUGAAUCAAGAGCUUGAAGAAAUCAGGUCUGCCUUUGGUACAGAAGGAGUACAGCAGCUGCAGGACUUUGAAGCAGCUCUGAAGCAACGAGAUGGCAUCAUCACCCAGCUCACAUCUAACCUUCAGCAGGCUCGUGAGGAAAAAGACGAGAUCAUGAAAGAAUUUUUGGCCCUGACAGAACAAAGUCAAAAACUGCAUAUUCAGUUCCAGCAGCUUCAGGCAGGAGAAACGCUGAGAAACACCAGCCACAGCAGCACUGCAGCUGAUCUUCUGCAGGCCAGACAGCAGCUCGUUCAGUACCAGCAGCAGCUGGAGGAGAUGAAUGUCGAGGUCAGAAAACAUCAGGAGAGUAGCAGUGAACAGCUGGAGCACAUCAGCCAGCUCCAGGACAAACUCAGCGAGAUGGAGAUGUCAGGGAGAAGAUCAGAGGAUUCAUUUACCCAAAGGAUAAGUGAGAAGGACUUGCUGAUUGCAGAACAAGAAAAGAUCAUUUUGAAUCAGAAGCAGUCGCUAACAGAGUUAAGAACAGCAGAAGAGUCUCAUGCACAAAUGCUAAAAGAGAGGAAUCGGUUAAUUUCCGAGCAAACUGCAAUAAUCACAGAACAUGAGCGGUCAUUGACUCUACUCAGAGAGGAACUUACGAAUACAGAAAAGACUACAGAUGAGAACAUUAUACACCACUCAGAUAAUAAAGCCCUCAUCAUAGCAGAGCAAGAGAGGGUCAUUUCAGAGCGUGACUGUUCCCUUACCCAGCUUGAAGAUGAGCUGGAGACCUCUGAGAAACGCCUGCAUGACCUCCAAGAACGAAUGGCUGCAAAGGAAUCUGAGCUAGAAAUGUGUAUGGAUGCACUGGAAAGCACGAAAUCUGAAUUACUAAGUCAUAAAAGUGAAAUGGAGAGUUGUAAAUUGCAAUUGGAGAAAGGGCAAAUAGAGUUAGAAAACUGUAAGGCUGAACUUGCUGCUUCCAGACAGAAAGAGCGAAUGUCAUCUAAUGAAAUCAUGCAGCUCAUGGGCACAGUGGAAGAGCUGCAGAAGAGAUGUCACCAGGGCAGCAUGUCUGAGAGUGACAUUAUCCAAAAAAUGCAGGAAGACACUGUGAGGAAGCUUGAACUUCUCAGGGGAGAGCUAGAUGAGAUGUAUGGCCAGCAGAUAGUCCAGAUGAAGCAGGAGCUUAAUCAGCAGCACGCAGCAAGAGUUAAGCAAAUGACUGAGCAACAUCAUGCUGAGAUAGAGCUUCUAAGAGUUCAGCUGUCCCAAAGUUCCACUGGCAGCAUGGCAGAGGUGGAAACAUUUCAUGCUAAGAUCAGGGAGCUUCAGGAGACUUUAGAGCAGUCUCAAGCAAUGCAGGAUGAAGCCAAACAUGAGUUGAGUCAAGUCCUCCAAGAGAAGUUUAACCUACAGGUCAAGGUUGAGGAUCUUCUUCAAGAUCUCCAUUCAGCUAAAGAAAAAGUGGAGCAGGUCUCCAAAAGACUAUUCUCUCAGGAAAGUAAGCAGGGUGAACUGCAGCAACUCCAGGAGACAAUUGACAAUCUGAGGAGUGAGCUGUCUGCUGCUCAGGAAGCUGCACAAGAAGCAGAAGCAAAACAUGAAUCUGAAAUAACCAAUUACAAGAUCAAGUUGGAGAUGCUGGAAAGGGAGAAAGAUGCUGUGCUAGAUCGCAUGGCAGAAUCGCAGGAAGCGGAGCUGGACAGACUAAGGACUGAGCUUCUGUUCAGCCACGAGGAAGAGCUCACCCUUCUUAGGGAAGAGCUGCAAAGGGAGAGCUUCCUGAACACAGAGAACCUUCUUAAUGAAGCAGCUAUCAGACACGAGAAGGCUUUGGAUGAGCUGCGUAUAAGUUAUGCAGAAGAACUACAUCUGUUACAAAAAGAGAACGCAAGUUUUGGAGUAGAGCGAGAUGAACUUUUGCACCAAAUUCUAGGGCUCAAAGAAGAUUUGAAACUGGCUUUGCACGACUCUAAAGCGGAGAAGCUUGUGCAGCAGCUCCAAGAACUUAAGGUGGAGCUGGAGGAACUUCGCAAGGGAGCAGAAGAACGAGGAAGAAUGCAGAAUGAAAUUCAGAUGUUACAGAAAAAGACAGGGGCGCUUGAAGAUCAGAUAAAAGAAAGAGAACACUAUUGGGACUGCAAACAGAAAGAGAAUGACCUAGAAAAGGAAAAUCUUGUUGGAUCUAAUAACACUUUGAGAAAAGAGUUGGAACGCAAUAAUAUGAAAAUGGAAACUCUCACAGCAGAAAACAGUCAAAUCCAGCUACAAGUAGCUGAGCUUCAGGAAGAAGUUGAAAAGCAGAGGACUACUUUCUCUUUUGCAGAAAAGAAUUUUGAGGUGAACUAUCAGGAGCUCAAGGAAGAGUAUACGUGUCUCAUUGAGGCAAAAACGCAGCUGGAAGAGAGGACGUUGAGGGAGACACUUGAGUUUGAGGCGAAAAUUGCCAUCCUUCAGUCACAGAUUCGUGAGCUUGAGGAGAGCAACAGAGAUAUCAAAAUGGCGGAGGCUAGAACAAAUGGAAAAUCUGUGAUGGAAAAGGAUUCUACAGAACUACUGGAGAAACUCAAUAUUACUUUGAGUGAGAAGAAGAGCCUGGUUGAAAGGCUCUCUGAAGUUACAGAGCAAUUUAUGUUUACAGAGAACAAAGUGGGGGAGCUGGAAAAAGAGCUCAUGAAAGUACAACAAGAAAACGCAAAGGUCAUUGCUCAAAACACAAGUCUGGGAAAGGAGCUUGAAAAGAAGCAGGAGAUUAUGAGAGAGCAAAUGAGAGGGAAAGGUGCCCAGAAAAAAGCUAAGCUCCAGGAAGGAGAACAAGCUGGUGAGCCAGUUUAUUCUUUGGAGGAUCAUCAACUUCAGAUUCAAUCUCUGCAAGAGGAGAUAAAGGCUCUUCAGUCCCUCUUACCUGCAGCUGAAACAGAGAGAGACAACAUCCGGCAAACACUGGAGCUCCACAGGCUUUCACAUACUCCAUCUCCAGCAGCGGUGCACUCCUCGGGGGAGGGACCUGUUGAAGGACGAUCUUCUCCGCACAAGCCCACAGCCUCAGGGUCAAGCAGGCGCAAGAGACGGCAGAGGUCGAAGCAGGAGCGCAAAGUGGGCACUGCUCUUUCUGACAGCAGAGAGGAAAAACAAAGGGAGGAGGAAGAGCAGGCAGUGUUGGAGGAAGCGAGGACUAAAAGUGGUGCAGAGGAGAUGCAGCCUCAGAUGCAGAGCCAGGUUAUGUCAUGUUCACAAGAGAGGGUUGGUAAGAAGGACUCCACUGACGGGUACCAGGGAGACGGAGGCAGAGACUACAUCAACAAAGCGGUGAGCAGUCAUGGGACGGACAGCCACUCGGAUCGUGUCGUGCAUCAGAGAUCAGAAGUGGAAGGAGAGACCGCUGAGCAUGGUGAGUGCAAGCUGCAGAUGGAGGCUCAGCGCAUCAGCCUGUCUCAGAUUCACGCUGCCCAGCUUGAGCUCCUGCAGGAGGAGACAAGUGCCCGUACACGCUCUCUGGAGAAGAAACUCCAGGACCAGAAAGGCCACCCAGGUGAGCCAGAACAACAACGGAGUGUCUUCAGAUACCAGAACGCAAUAGAAGCUGUGUCAGAAGAAUGCAGUGAGAUCAUUCUGUCUUUUCAGAAGAUUUUUGGUGAAGAGUUUUUGGAAAGUCUUGAUGCAGAUAGCUCAUCGCUAAUUUCAGAGGAAAAACCAGCAACUAGUGAAACUACCUCCAUUGUCCUGGAGGCCAGAGAGGUUUACAGAAAUCUUCAGCGGUUGAAGGAAGGAAUUGAGCAAGAACAUCAUCGACUUUCUCAGCUCCAGGCACUGCUGAGAGCUGAUAGGAAUAAGAUAACCGAACUGCAGAUGGCCUAUGAUGAACUGAAGAAUACCAGCGAGAAGGAAAUCUCUGAUUUGCGCAUGCAGUCUGCCACAUUAAGCCCCUCCUCAAGCAGAGAUCUGGAGGAGCUUUCUGGUGCAUCUGCGCCCCCUUUGAUGGAGCUACAGAAGCUGAAGGCAGAGGCUCAAGAGAAGCAGCGGCAGUUGGAGAAAAGUCACAGGCAAGAGAUGGAGCGUCUCCGAGCUCACUACCAGCAGCAGGCCACUGAGACAGAGGAGCGAUACGCUACUGAGCUCUUCAUGCUGCAACAGCGCCUGCAGGAGGUUACAGGCGCUGAGACCUACAGCCUGUCCAGUGCUCCAGAGUCCAGCUCUGAGAGGAUGGAGGAGCACAGAGAGGAGCUAAAGGACCUGAGUGAGAAGGAGGCGUCAGAGGGAGGCGAAGAGUCACGCAGGUCUGCCAGGUCUUCUGGCCUGACAGCACAGCUGCAGGCACUGAGGAAAGCUCUCUACCAAAAGUACGUCCAAGAAGUGGCUGCUCUCAAAGAGCAGCACAGUAAUGAGCUGAGGAGACUGAGGGAAGAAAAGGAGCUGGAGUGCGAAAGACAGGAACAACGGGAAAACAGAGGGGAGAGAGAGCAGGAUCUCAACGGAUUUGUUGGCACUGGAAGGUCCACUGAGAGCCUCAGGGCAGCUGGGCAGAUCCUUGUGGAGGAGAAGCAACACCGUGAGAGAGUGGAGUUGGAAGUGGCCAAGGCCAUAGUUCAGAUGUCCGUGGAAUUUGCACAGCAGACCGAGCUGGCUCGAAUCACCAAACGUGCCUGCCAGACGAGCACUUCCAUGCAGACUCAGUGGGAUGAGGACGAGGCAGAGGACAGAGAUACUGAGGAGCAGACUCCAAGGGCUUCCCCCACUGCAGGCGCCUGGCUGGAGGACAUGGAGAGAGACAGACUAGAAAGGGAGUUACAGGAGAAGAAUGCUGAGAUUAGAAAGUUGAAGGAAGAGCUGCAGAAAACUGAAUCAGGACCUGAGCAGGCCUUAAAGACGAGCGAUAAUGGCGAGGGACAAGUUGAGAAAGGGGGCACUACACAUGCUGGAGGACUGAGAAGGGCAUUGCAGGAUGAUGGAGAGUCUUUUGAUAAAGAUGCUGAAAGAAAUCUGCUGCGUAAAGCCAACAAGAAGCUUAGCCAGGUGCUGGUGGACGUCCUGAAGACCACAGCAGCCGCAGAGGAAACCAUGGGCCUCCACAUGCAAAGUUUACAUGAAGCUUCUAGUGACGUGCAAAGACUUAACACAGAACAGAUCAAACCAUAUUCUGCAGAGAGUUGCCAGGGCAGCAAAAUCGGUGUAGAUGACCUGCGUUACUGGUCGGAGGAAGCAAAUGAAGGUCUGGAGGUGUCCCAGGAGAUGAUGGACAGCCUGCUGCUCGGAGCAGGGCCACAGCUCGAGAACGAGGGAUAUUUAAUGGGUAUCAGCAGCCGACUUCAGACAGCUUUGGAGAAAAUGUUGAUGGCCAUCACGGACACUACUAACCAGCUUGAACAUGCCCGGAUGACCCAGACUGAGCUGAUGCGGGAGUCCUUCCGACACAACCAGGAGAUGAAUGAGCUGCUGCAGAAGCAGGAGGAGCUGCAGGAGAGGCUUUCAGAGGAAGCACGUACCCGGGAGCAGCUGGCUCUGGAACUUCACCGCGCCGAGGGUCUUAUAGAUGGCUACGCAGGUGAACGGACUGCGCUGGAGGAGCAGUUACGCCAGAAGGAAGAGCUCCAGCUGAGCCUUGAGCAAGAGCUGCAGGUAACAAGUAGCCGGUUGCACGAGUUGGAGCAGGAGAGGAUUCAGAUGCAAGAGGAGCGUGAGCUGCUGUCACGGCAACAAGACGCAAUGAGGGAGGAGGCCGGGCCACGUGAACUUCGCCUAGUUGAAGCUGCAAUGGUUGCAGCACCUGAAGCAGACCUGCUGGAGGAGACAGAGAAGCUGAUGAAGGAGAAGGUGGAUGUCCAACGGCAGGCAGAGAAAGAGAACACUGACCUCUUGAAGCAGAUUAAGCUGCUGGAGGCAGAGCUGGAGGAGCAGGUCAAUAAGGUGAUUGAGCUGGAGCAUGCUCAGACAACAGAAAGUGGAGACCUCCGACAGCAGGUUCAAGCCCUGGAAAAACAGCUGGAGAAAAACAGAAAGUUUCUUGAUGAGCAAGCUGUGGACAGAGAACAUGAGAGGGACUUCUUCCAGCAGGAGAUCCAGAAACUGGAGCAGCAGCUGAGGAGUCCACAGAAGCUUCAGAUCGGCUCUGAGCAAAGAAACCGAGAGGUGGAGCAGCUGACCUCCCAGCUGAAGGAGAAGGCGGACUGGUGCAGUGAGCUGCUGCUCAGCUCCGAGCAACUGCAUCGUGAGUUGAAAGAGCGCGACGAAGAGAUUGACAAGCUGGAGAGCCGCAUCCGUGAGCUGGAGCAGGCCCUGCUGGCCAGUGCUGAGUCCCUGGAGAAGGUUGAACAAAAAAAACAGCAUGCAUCCAUCACUGAAGCAAGACACUCCACACUGGAGGCUCAGUUACAAACGGAGAGAGAAGCUCUGGAGCGGAAAGAGAAAGAGAUCUGUAACCUGGAGGAGCAGCUGGAGCAGUUUAGAGAGGAGCUGGAGAACAAAAGCGAGGAGGUGCAGCAGCUUCACAUGCAGCUGGAGAUCCAGAGGAAGGAGAUAAGCAGCCAGCAGCAAUACUUGGAAACAAGGGACAGUAUGCUCCAGGUGAUGGAGGAGAAGGACAGGGAAAUAGCACUACUUAAUGAACAGAUCACUAAGCUUCAACACAUGGACACAGGCUCUGAUAACAAGGAACUUGAUGAAAGGGAUGAGCUGAUCAAAGACCUGGAGUCUCAAGCAGAGUGCCUGCGAAGCGAACAGGAGCGCUUAAAGAGAAAUAAAGAAGAAGAACUUGACCAACUGAAUGCAGUCAUUGAGAAACUUCAGCAAGAACUUGCCAAUAUUGAGCAAAAGCAGGCUGCAGAGGAAGAUGAGGACACUAAAGUGAGUGACAUGUGGGGGCCAAGUAAAGACGAAUACAGUGAAAUGAAGCAGAGGAUGAACCGAGCCACCACAGAGCUUGAGGCACUGAAAACGGAGCACAGUAAGCUGUUAGCGACUUACCUGCGUUUGAAAGAGAGCGCAGAAGCCUUAGCUGAAACGGAAAAACUGGACAGCUCAGAGGGAGAGCUGGAAGAAGCUCUCAGAGAGAAAACUGCCGGCCUUGUGGUGUUGCAGGCACAAGUAAAUGCUCUAGAGCAGAGUGCAGCAUCCAGAGUGGAGGAGUUAGGUCUUCGAAUUCAGGAGCUUGAGGAUUUGGUUGUAGAAAAGGACUCUGAGAUAAGCCGCUGUCUGCUCCUUGUGGACCAAACUCAAAGCUAUGCAGAUGAUCUGCAAAAGAAAGUCUCUAAUCUGGAGGAAAACCUGAGGGAGAGUGUGGCAGCAGCGCUGGUCAGCCAGGCCACACUGGAGGCCUUCCAGCAGCAGCAGUCUAUGGGAUCAAAGCAGGAGCCACAAAGACACACUGAGCCACAUGUUCAUGACUUCAGUGACUUUGGAAUACCCCAGAUGGAUUUUAGCGGAAUGGGCCAAACAAAACCAAUACCAACUGGGAAAGUUGUUCAUCUGACACAGAAGCUUCGGGAUCUGGAGGUCGGACUCAGUGGGAUGCAGAAAGACCAGGAGCUCCAGAAGCAGCUGCUCUCCAGCUCUGAGGAGGAGGUGCUGGAGUAUGAGAGGAGGCUGGCUGUGCUCAUGGAUCUACUCAGUCAGAUGAAGACCAGAACACACCAAAGGACAUCUUCGUCUGUGGAGGGGUCCGAUGAGCAGCCGCUCGUGUCUCAGCUUCAUCUGGAGUUGCAGCUGGUCAGAGAUGAGGCUGCAGCCACCAAAGAGCAGCUCAGUGGCUACAAGGAGAGCUGCAGCAGACUGGAACAAGAACUCAGAGAAAAAACUACAACAAUAGAGAGACUCCAGGACCAACUUCAGAAGGUGUCUUCUAGUGGUGGUGAAGAGACAAAGAUGUCUGAGCUGGAAGAGGAACUGAUAGAGGCUCAGAAUGAAGCAGCUAUGACCAAAGAAGAACUGAACAGCUGCAAAGAAAGUUUGGAGAAACUGCAGGAACUGCUGCAGGAGCGAGAAAUGACCAUUGCUCAGCUUAAAGGGGAACUUUUCCAAGUAAAAGCUGCAGAAGAUAGAGCUGACAUGACUGAGAUCAUCCAGGAGCUUAACGAGGUCAAAAGCAAUGCAGCUUCCACCAAAGAAGAACUCAAAAGGUACCAGGAGCAUAACAAGAAACUUCAAGAGGACCUCCAAGUUAGUGACGUCUCUAUUUCUAGUCUCAAAGAGGAGCUUCAGGAGAUGAAAAGGAAUGUGGAUACCACCAAAGAGGAACUCAACAGCUACAGGAAACACAAUGAGAAACUUCUUGAGGAACUCCACGUUCGUGAACUCUCUAUUUCAAAGCUUAAAGAAGAACUCCAAGAGGUACGAACAACCGUUAUGAAGACAGCAGAAUCUGGUCCUCCUUCUCCAUCUCCCUCCCCCUCUCCAUCUCCUCAUCCUCCCUCCUCUACCUUUUCCUCCUCCACCACACAACCCAAAAGGAAAGGAAGCAAACAGCCGGUGGCUAAGGGAAGCAGUGCCAAAGAUAAACCAUCCCUCUCCAGGAAAAACUCUGCCCCUUCCAGCCAGUCAUCCAACAAGUCUCACAGCCCUCGGUCGAACAGCAGCUUGGAGCACCAACAUGUAGCUGUGACAGACUCGUUCACACAAACCGAACCUCUCCAAAUGUCUGAUCUCAGUCCGGACAGCAAGUCUGCCGCCAAAGAGAAGAUGGAAGAAGUGAUCACAGACUUCCAGGAGAAGAUUGUGCAGAUGCAGGAGCUCCACGCAGCAGAAAUCCUUGAUAUGGAGGCUCGGCACAUUUCAGAGAGCGAGAACCUCCGUAGGGACACACAGGCGCUGGAGGAUGAAUGUAAAACCCUGAAAGCUGUCAUCGACAAACUGCGCUCAGCCGAGGUGAGGCUGGGAAACAAAGAGGAACAUGGUCCCUCUUCAAGACAAGAUCGUACAUCUCAGUUUAAAGACGGCUAUAUGAGUGACAGCAGCUCAGAUUACAGCCAGAGAACUGGAUGUGAACUCCCGAGCUUGCAACAGGAGUUCAGGACAACACCAGAGGGUGCCAGAAGAGAGAAUGAUGAUCCGCUACCUGACCAGAUUAAGACGUUGCUUCGUGAGGUACAUCAGGAAGGCAUGCAGGUUCUUCAUCUGUCAGAGCUCCCAAUUUCUGAAGGCGAGCCAGGCAGCCAGUUCCACGUCGAGGGCUGGAUGAAAGAGAGAGAUGCCCUACUAGCGACUAUAGAGUCUUUAAAAGGCCUCAUCACCCAGAUGCAGACACACAGACAAACACAGACAUCAGGUGGUGCAGACUGGCGUGCAGAGCUCCUGGAAUCAGUGCGGCAGGUGUUUGUGAGGGAGAGGAGUGUGCUGAAGCAUGCCCUCUACAGCCAGCUGGACCUGCUGGACACCAACGAUGCCAUCAUUCACCUCAAUCAGCUGGAGCGCCGGCUGGCUGAACAGGACGCCCAGCACAGAGAGGCCAUGAGUUCACUCUUCACUGCAGACAGGUCAAGUCUUAUCUCUGAGAUUCAUCAGCUCCGUGGUCAGCUACAACAACUUCAUCAAGUUAAACCAGUCUCCCAGCCUGGCCUCUUAUUGGCUGCUGAAUGUAGUACGAAGGAGCAGAGGGCGGGUGAAGGAGCUGAUGGAACAACUGAGGCGAACAGGCUGCUGGUGGAGGAGCUGAAGGGUGAACUGUCCCAAACUAAACUAGAGCUGGAGACGACACUUAGGGCCCAACACAAACACCUCAAAGAGCUGGACACACUCAGGGUAGAGAUAUCGCAGAAAGCUGCAGAAGUGGAUGUACUGAAUGACCAGCUGAUGGAGGAGAGGAAAAGAAGCAGAGAUCUUCAGUGGGCAGUGGAGAAGGAGAGGUGCCGAACUGGGAGAAAUGAGGAGAGUAAACGAGAGGAUCUGGAGGACCUGCACCUAAAUCUGGAGGAGCAGAAGACCUGUGUAGCCAAGCUGACCCAAACCCUGGAGGAGGAGCGUCGAGCCUCCUCUCAGCUUUCUCAACAGGUGGAACAGGAGCGUCUUAGCUUCCACAGACGCAUGCAGGAACUGCAGGUCCAGCUGGAAACUGAGCAAGCUAAGGCCCAGGAGAUGACUACAGCACUAAGGAGGGAGAGAGAGAUGCGAGCUGGUCUCUCCUCUGACAGCGGGCCCUCCAACGAAGAGCACAAGGACAGAGGGGGCUUUGAAGAUGGAGGAAGUCUGCUGGAAAGACUGCAGAGGGAGCUGGAUGAUCAGCAUGCACAGGUGGUGCAUCUCUUCAGUGAGGUGGAGGUUCAGAAACUUGAGGUGUUGCGAAAAGAAGAGGAGCUGAUAUUGGCCAAUCAGAGGUCCAGACUAGACCAGGAGGCACUGCUGGAGUCCCGGACUCAGCUUGAGAACCUGGAAGCACGAAUGUUGGAGGUCCAGGAGCAGCUGGAGAGAGAGCUGGCAAAAAUAAAUCAUCUGGAGGAAGAGAAGGAGAGAUUGGAGGAGAGGUUGAACCAGUUAGGAGAGAAUAGGGGGAGUGGUCCUCCCCAGCCUGACACCCAGAGUCCUAUCUGGCACAGUGAGUCUACUGAUCGGACCAAAGACUGGGUGUUUCAGCAGAAGAGUGGAAAUCCUCCGUCAGCGAGCUCCAGCACAUCUGCUCACGUGGAAGUCCCUCCAGCAGGCCACAGCUACGGGCCACACCAUGGCCCUUGGCGCACAGUUGACAGGAUCGUGGGAAAACUUCAUCUCAUUACUUCAAAGGUCCGCAGCAUGGCCAGCAAGACUACAGAAGGGCUGACUGCAGAGGUCGACAGUGAAGAGUUGUCAUGGGUUCAGUCCAAUGUUGAUGAGGUCAUCACCAUGUUACAGCAAUCACCAGGUCUACCCUCCAUCCCAGAGAGUGUGUCCCUGCUGGCAGGAAGCUCCUCGAGCUCCUCCAACACCCUGACGGAGCGUCUGCUGAGGCAGAAUGCAGAGCUGACAGGUUUUGUCAGCCGUCUGACAGAAGAGAAGAAUGAUCUGAGGAACCACACGCUGCGAUUGGAAGAUGAGCUCAGACGCUAUCGGCAGGCUGGACUGGGAUCAGGCGACAGCUCCAGCAGAAAAGGAGUGUCAAAGAUGGAUUCAGCCAAUUUGCUGCUCUCUCAGGAGAGAGAGGCUUGGAAUCGAGAGAAGAUCCGUCUGGAAAAAGGUUUACACCUGGCACAGUCCCAGGUGGCCCGACUCAGGGGAGAAAUCAGGUCCGAAACUUUGCGAGAGAUAUCUGGACCAGAAGCUGACAAUGCUGCACUGAAGAGAAUGUAUGGCAAGUACCUGAGGUCAGAAAGCUUUCGCAAAGCACUGAUCUACCAGAAAAAGUAUCUGCUGUUACUGCUGGGCGGCUUCCAGGAGUGUGAGGAAGCCACGCUGACGCUCCUGUCCAGAAUGGGUGGACGGCCUUCGCUCUCCAGCCUGGAAUCAUUCAGCCAUCGCCGCCGAGGACUAAUGCGCUUCCGUUCUGCCGUCCGAGUCUCUAUCGCCCUCUCUCGAAUGCGUUUCCUCGUGAAGCGAUGGCACAAGGCGACAGGGAUGAGCACCACAACCUCCUGCGGUGUCAACAAGAAUGGGGCAGGCUCAGAGGUGAGGGACUCGCCCUUCCUUCACCCAGGCGGUGUGGAGAUGUACAGAGAAAGAGGAGGAGGCGGAGUCUCCAGCAGCAGGGGAAGAAGUGGACGUGAAUCCCCACGAUCAGGCGUCUCCUCCACACCCCACAGGUUUCACGUAGCUGCAGAUCAUGGCGCUCUCACCUGUUCCCACCUGCAGCAGAGCUAUGACCCCGACCGAGCCCUCACUGACUACAUCUCCAGACUGGAGGCCCUGCAGAGGAGGCUGGGCAGUGUGACAUCAGGUGCUUCUUCAUAUGCUCAACUGCACUUUGGCUUGAGAAGAUAGAUGCUGACAAAUUACUUUGGCUUGAAGAAACUGAGUUGCCUUUUUCUUGUGCUGAGCGUUCUGCUGUUUUCUAUCAUUCUGGUGUGGACUGUAUCUCUCCAUGUGGACCAAAAGACAUUUUUUAUUAGUGUACGACAUGUUGUGUUCGGGCUUUUUGUCGCCAGCACUUGAAAAACAGCUAUGUUUGUAAUUUAAUCUGCCUCUUUGUUGAGGAUGAUCUACAAUCAUGUAUAUUUGUCUAAUGCUAAUUUAAAGACUGAUUAAUUUAAAUGUUUGUGUUGUAUGGGUGGAGCAUUAUGUAGAGAAUGUUUGGGUUUACUGUUAAGGAGGCUGCUACUGGAUAUUCUACACUACACUGUGUUUUGUUUAGGCGAGACAGACUACAGAAGACAUUUGUAGAGAACGUAUUUUUGUAAAGCGUAGAAGCUUUGAAUUUUUGGGGUAUUUUGUCAAAAACUUAAAUAAAGAGGAUGACCUUAUUUCAAA